ACUAGUAUAUAAACAGGAGGCAGUCGUGCUGCUUGUGCUAGUAUUCCAACACCAGGUCAACCUGUUCUAGUUGAGGCAAAGCUGUUAUGGCGUUCAUUGUCGCUGUCAUCCUGUUUGCCACCGCUGUCCAGGCAUUUCCGUCUCUCGGCGCGCGACAGGGUAUUACUGCUCUGGCGACGUCUCAGAUCGACCAAUUCACUUCGUAUACCUAUUACGCUAGCGCAGGGUACUGCACAAACAAGCAGACGCUCGCAUGGGAUUGUGGCACCAACUGCGAUGCUAAUCCGGGAUUCAAACCGGUUGCCUCCGGUGGUAACGGUGACUCGGUUCAGUACUGGUUCGUCGGAUAUGACCCAAAUUUGGAUACGGUGAUCGUCUCUCACCAGGGCACUAACCCCUCAAAAAUUCUGCCUCUCAUCACGGAUGGCGACUUCUUUUUGACCGCCCUAGAUUCGACAUUAUUUCCGGGUAUCAACUCAGAUAUUAAAGUUCACAGUGGCUUCAAAGGCGCUCAAGCCAGUACUGCCACUGAUGUCCUUGCCGCCGUUGAAUCCGCCAUGUCCACCUACCGCACCACGUCGGUUACUAUGGUCGGUCACUCUCUUGGCGCUGCGAUCACCCUACUUGAUUCUGUAUAUCUUCCCCUCUGGCUUCCUGCGGGAACGACUUUCCGCACCAUUGGUUAUGGCCUUCCUCGUGUUGGGAAUCAAGCAUUUGCCAAUUAUGUCGACGCAAAUCUUCAUCUCACGCACAUCAAUAAUGAAGAGGACCCAAUACCCAUCUGCCCCGGUAUGCUCUUAGGCUUUGUGCAUCCUGCAGGCGAGGUGCACAUCAAGGACUCCGGUGAAUGGGCUUCUUGCCCCGGGCAAGACAACUCGAGCACUCAGUGCAUUGUUGGUGAUGUUCCCGAGAUCUGGGACGGUCACGAGUCUGACCACGAUGGGCCAUAUAAUGGUGUCGAGAUGGGAUGCUGAACUGGCACGACUUCACCUGAAGAUACUUCCUUUGACUUUAUGCAUUACUUGCAUUCUCGGUAUUGUACUUUUAUUUGGUGUCCGGAGUCCAUUGGUUCAUUGGAGUGCAAUUUAUAUAUCGGCACUGUACUCGAUGCGAUCCGAUGCGCGGCCAUGCGAUUAGCAAAUCGACCAAAAUGAAAUGAGUCAAUUAUGCGCCAUGUCAAGGCCUGCGCAUAUGCAUGAACAGCACACGACUGAUUGUGCGGUCACCUGAAUAGUACUGGAUCAACCUAACGUUUGCU